AUGGGAAUCGUAAGUCAAAACGUAGCUCGUUUAGUUCGAACCCAAACUAGAAAAGCUUCAGCAAUAUCAUCAGCAAGCUACAUCGUACAGCAACAACAAGCCCAAAGUCGCCGGUCUCAACGCUAUUCCACCGAGUCGUUAGAACAGAAAUACGAGGCAAAACUUUUGGAAAGAGCCAAAGCAAGUGGAUACGAGUCUGUGGAACAACUCAAGGAAACUUUGAGAGAGGACAUUGAGAAUAAGAAACUCAAGUAUAACAAAAUUGACCCGUUGAAGGAAUUGGAAGAAUACGAACAGCGCAUGAAAAUGUCCCAAAAUAACACCAAGAUGACGGAGUCUAGAGGUCCCCUCGACCCGGCCAAGGCGUCCGCGCCUUUCAAAACGCUCGAUUCGUUUUUGAAACUGGAAAAACUGCAAGAAUUGUCGAAGCAAGAGAUCGAGUUUCUGUGGCGGGCUCGUUGGGCGAGCAAGGACCAAGUGCUGAACGCCGUGGUGCCGGUGGAUGUGUUUGAGCAGAUGUCUAAGCACAUCAAGGAGGCUCCAACGUUUGUGCUGCCUCUUCCCCGCGAGAUGGAGGCGAGCCGCGAGUCCUCUGCGGCGCAAGGACCUUCGGCAUCCGACCAGGGCAUUGAGCUGCAUUAUAUCCAGUGGCAAAGAGCCGGUGCCAACACUGUCCACUGUAUCAUGACCUCAUUAGCUGAGUACAAGCUCCACAAGGAGUUUGCCAAGCCUCAUACAACCUUCCAGUUCCACACCGAGCUCGCCCAGGACAAGAAGAUCGUGCUCAUGAACGGCCAUGUCGAAAAGGACGUUAAUGUCUCUCUUCAAGAUGCCCAGUUACUGCUGUUGAACGUUCAAAGAUUCUAUGGAGCAAUGGGCGAGGAAUCGGUGUCCUCUAAGCAAAGAGUCAAGCUACUCCACGAUUUCACCAAGGGUUCAAGCGAUUUUUCAGUCGAGAAGCUGAUUAGCUUUGCUCAAUCCAUGGAUAUUUAG